UAUCCUGCGCGCACGACAUCUCUGUCGCAAAAUUGCACAGCACAAUGGCAGCUAUCAAAUCUGGAAGUGGUGGCCCCGACCCUAUCCUCUUGACCCUCUUCGCGAACCGCUUCAUGAGUGUCGCGGAGGCCAUGGGCAGGUCACUCCAGCAGACAGCUAUCAGCACAAACAUCAAGGAGCGUCUGGAUUUCUCCUGCGCACUGUUUGCCCCAGAUGGCGAUUUGGUCGCGAAUGCGCCAUUCAUCCCGAUUCACCUGGGAUCUAUGAGUUUCGCGGUCAAGUACCAGAUGAAACUGCACAAGGACGACCUGAAGCCUGGAGAUGUGCUCAUGGCAAAUUCCCCACAUGCUGGAGGCUCACACCUUCCAGACAUCACAAUCAUCAGUCCUGUCUUUGAUGAAGAGUCCAAAGAAAUUAUCUUCUUCACUGCCUCCCGUGGACACCACGCCGACAUCGGCGGGAUUCUUCCCGGAUCCAUGCCUCCAACAUCGACGAAUAUCUUUGAAGAGGGGGCACACAUUCAUAGCUUUAAGAUUGUUAGGGAGGGCAUGUUCGAUCGCGAAGGGCUGGUGAAGUACAUGGUAGAUGAACCGGCAAAGUACCCCGGUAGUUCGGGGUGCAGAAACUUCAAGGAUGUGGAAAGUGACCUCAAAGCUCAAAUCGCUGCGAAUCACAAGGGCGUCCAACUUAUCAAAGCGAUUGUUUACGAUUAUGGCCUGAAAACCGUCCAGGAAUACAUGUACCACAUACGAAACAACGCAGAGUUUUCUGUAAGAAAUCUGUUAAAGGACGUCGUGAAGCGCGCCGGAUCCAACAUCCUCGAAGCUGUCGAUUACCUUGAUGACGGUUCACCUAUACAACUCAGAGUCGAGAUCGACGAGAAAGAGGGCUCAGCACACCUCGACUUCACGGGCACCGGCUGCGAAGUUCGCGGGAAUUUGAACGCUCCUAUCUCUGUCGUCCACUCUGCAGUCAUCUAUUGCAUGCGCUCGAUGCUCGACAUGGACAUUCCGCUCAAUGCUGGGUGUCUUGUCCCCUUGACCAUCAAAAUUCCUCAAGGCUCGCUCCUUUCGCCAUCGCCGACGGCCGCAGUCUGUGGUGGGAACGUCCUUACGUCACAACGGAUCGUCGACGUCGUGCUCAAGGCCUUCCACGCUUGUGCCGCGAGCCAAGGGUGCACCAACAACCUGACGUUCGGCGCCGGCGGCAAGGACAAGGACGGAACCAACGUCUCUGGGUGGGGCUACUACGAAACCAUCGCGGGCGGCUCGGGCGCGGGUCCCAGCUGGCACGGCACGUCGGGCGUGCACACGCACAUCACGAACACGCGCAUCGGCGACGUCGAGAUCCUCGAGCGGCGGUACCCGGUCAUGAUCCACCGCUUCGGCCUCCGGGAGGGCUCCGGCGGCAAGGGCAAGUUCAGCGGCGGCGACGGCGUCGUGCGCGAGAUCGAGUUCACGGAGCCGCUGCAGGUGUCGAUCCUGUCCGAGCGCCGCACGCGCCAGCCGUACGGCAUGGAGGGCGGCGAGCCGGGCGCGAUGGGGCACAACACCUGGGUGAAGCAGCCGCGCAAGGAGGACGGCGACCUUGAUGAGAACACGCCGCCGACCCCGAGGAAGGUCAACAUCGGCGGCAAGGCGACGGUGUUUAUGGGCAAGGGCGACCUGCUGCUCAUCGAGACGCCCGGCGCGGGUGCAUGGGGCGCGGCCGAGGGCGACCCGCAAGACCACGAGCAUAACCAUUCGCACGUACGUGCCUGGGCAGCCCGCGGAAGCUUGGCGGAGCGCGAGCGUGCGCAGGCCGGGUUCUAGUUUGCAUGUAUGCGGUCGAAGACAUCAAAGAUGGAGUGUACUGGUAAUAGUUUGGAUUAGGAAGCAAAUGUACCGUCGUGCGCAAUCAAACGGAUUUAAAC